AUUGCUAUUUCGUGCUAUUAUAUCUCCAUAAUACCUUAGGCAAUUUUACUUAUUAGUAUGCAUAACUUCUAAGUCAAAGAUGAUCGAUUCUAAUGUUGAAAAAACCCUUGAAGUUGUUUGCACCAUUAAUUUAAUUAUUCUGGCAUUUCUGAAGAACUGUAUUGACAUUUGGGUGGCAAAUAGGCCAGGCGCAUUGCCAUGAUGAAACCUUUUUCGUAGCCAACACUAUUCAACUGAAAAGGUGUGCACUAAUUCAUAACGCGUCACUAAAGGCCAGCACGAUGACAAGUUCAGACCUACCAAACUGCCAUCUAGAUACACGGUUCCAGUCCAUCUUUAUUUGGAUGAAACUUUUGGGCAUUUCUCUGACGGAAAAUCGUCGUCAGUUUUGCGGCAUUUACGAUAGUUUGAUGUUCAGCUUAACCUUGGCUUCCAAUAUUGCCUCAAUGACGCUGAUGCUGGUCGAGCCAGAACGCCCAAAACAACAGGAUCGUUCCAUCACGUCCUACGUCUUUGCCCAAAUCCUCUACAUCGACAACCUCAAUUUCAUGAUCCUGGUCAUCGGAGUGCACUCGAUGCUCUUGUGUCAAACUCGCCAUCGUUGGAAGAAACUCUGGGCUACCCUACAAGACGUUGAAGAACAGCUCAACAGCAAAAUUCUGAACAGAUCCUUCCUGAUUACCCUUCUUUUCAUUCCAGAGGUGAUAAUGAUUGUACUCGUCGUGCCUCUCGACAUCAUGGGAUUACCACUGUACCAACAAUUUGUAGAAUUUUUCUCGUGUGCUUCGAAAAUUUACCCGGUCAGUGGAAUGAUCCUUUUCUGUUUGUGCGGAUGGAUCGCUUCGGAUUUGCUGCACCUGAUUCUCGAAGAACUCGACGAAAAACGAGGGCAUCUGGAAUUGAUAUGUUUGAAAGCGGUGAAGAAGCGCUAUCGUCAAAUCUGCCAGCUGAUUGAUGACAUUAAUCAGUGUUUCGGUAGCGUCAUCCUUAUCUUGAUUACCUACAUGAUGGCCAGCGUCGUUAUGGUCAGCUUCGUGGCUGCCGUCGAGUUCCAGCACUACGACUGGAUUGCCGUGCCUUGGCUCUACAUUCGCGACCUCGUUCUGCUAAUCCAGCACAUCAUCAAUCUUGUGGCAAUCACAUACAUCCCACAUACCAUUAAAAUUCAGCAUGAAAAGAUACAGCUCGCCCUUGGACGGAUUGAAACCGCUGACCGGAACAACUCUAGUCAUCAGGAAGAGGUCUGGAUUAACUGCAUUUCUAGGCAAAUUAAUAUUGGAUUGUUUCCUUUGCAAUUUCAGUUGGAAUUUUUAAGAUGGGACGUAUCGCAAUCCAAUGUCGAGUUGACGGCUGCAGGAUUAUUUGAAAUCACUCCUCGAUUAUUUCCUAAGUUGAUUGGCACCACGAUGACGUACGUCAUAAUCCUCUGGCAGUUCCAAUCAUCCGAGAAGUCGACUUGAAUUUACAUGGCUGUCAAAGAGAAUUUGUUUGUUUUUUUGUUUUUUUUCUGGCAUUAGCUCUAAUUCAAAGAGACAAUUAUUUGCACAAGAAUCCAUGUCGAAGCAUGGCGGAACUGAAGAGGGGGACCAAAUGUCGCGCAAAACGGAAGCCACACCCAAUGUUAUCAUGACCUUUCAAUUACUUCGAUGUCU